UGUGAACGUUCUUAUGAAAAAAGUCAACGUGAAAGCCACAUGGUAAUGAGGGUUGGCCUCAUCUACCACUUCCUCUGCAUCUCCCUGGCACACUGGGCUCAGUCACUACCCCACUGCCAGCAGAAUCUGAGCGAUGCCUUCCACACUCCCUGCCCUGCUCUGCCUCGGGCUGUGUCUGAGCCAGAGGAUCAGCACCCAGCAGCAGACUCUCCCAAAACCCUCCAUCUGGGCCAAGCCCAGUUUCAUGGUUCCAAAGGAAAAGCCGGCGACCAUCUCUUGCCAGGGAAAUUAUGGGGCUGUUGAAUACCAGCUGCAUUUUGAAGGAAGUCUUUCUGCCGUGGAGAGACCAAAACCCCCUGAGCGCAUUAACAAAGUAGAGUUUCACAUCCCGGCCAUGACGUCCCGCACGGCCGGGCGAUACAGCUGCUUCUAUCGGGUUGGGGAGCUCUGGUCAGAACCUAGCGACUCACUGGAUCUGGUGGUAACAGGAAUGUAUGACACGCCCACCCUCUCAGUUCAUCCCAGACCGGAAGUGAUCUCGGGCGAGAAGGUGACCUUCCAUUGCCGUCUGGGGACUGCAACAAGCACCUUCUUUCUGCUCAAGGAGGGAAGAUCCAGCGUACGGCGCGGAUACGGGAAGGUCCAGGCCGAAUUCCCCUUGGGCUCUGUGACCACAUCCCACAGAGGGACAUACCGAUGUUUUGGCUCCUACAACAACCAUGCGUGGUCUUUCCCCAGUGAGCCAGUGAAGCUCCUGGUCACAGGUGACACAGAGAAUACCAGCCUGGCACCUACAGACCCCACCUCUCCUGACUCUGGGGACACCUACCUUUUAUCCACAGAGACGGGGCUCCAGAAAGAGCUUGCCCUCUGGGACCACACUGCCCAGAAUCUCCUUCGGGUGGGCCUGGCCUUCCUGGUCCUGGUGGCUCUGGUGUGGCUCCUGGUUGAAGACUGGCUCAGCAGGAAGAGGACCAGAGGGCGAGCCAGCAGAACUUCCACUGGGCAAUGCAGGAGAAGCUUGAACACAAAGACUCUCUGAAGAACGCCCGAGAGAUGCGGCAGCCGUGGGUGGAACUGAAAGCCGGUGUUGAGCCUGUGUUGAACCCACAGAGGAGGGAGUCACUGCAGGAAACAAGGGACAAUGCCAUUCCAUUUGUCAGACCAUCCCAGAUGACACAGGAGGUGGGAGAAACAAGCUAAAUUUCUUCGUAAUUUUUUUCCUGAGGCAGAGUCUGGCUCUGUCAUCCAGGCUGGAGUGCAGUGGCGCGAUCUCAGCUCACUGAAACCUCCGCCUCCCAGGUUCGAGUGAUUCUCCUGCCUCAGCCUCCUGAGUAGCUGGGAUUACAUGUACGCACCACCAUGCCUAGCUAAUUUUUUGUAUUUUUAAUAGAGACGGGGUUUCACCGCACUAGCCAGGAUGGUCUCGAUCUCCCGACCUCAUGAUCCGCCUCGGCCUCACAAAGUGCUGGGAUUACAGGCGUGAGCCACCACCCCUGGCCACUAAAUUUCUUUUGUAGACAAAUCCUAUGGUCUCUUCUAGGCUCUAAGUAUGUUUGUGCAACUUACUGCAAACCAUACUUUUAACAGCUCUAGUCUUUUCUGAAAAGACCUCUCCUUCUCUAAUAGAACGGCCUUGGAAAUAUUUUCUUCCUACUCUGGGCCUUAUUUCUUCCCUUUCUCUGCAGGGAAGCAUUCAAAAUAGUUAAUAACCGGCCGGGCGCGGUGGCUCACGCCUGUAAUCCCAGCUACUCGGGAGGCUGAGGCAGGAGAAUUGCUUGAACCCAGGAGGCGGAGGUUGCAGUGAGCCGAGAUCACGCCAUUGCACUCCAGCCUGGGUAACAAGAGUGAAAACUCCGUCUCAAAAAAAAACUAAUAUAGAAUAGGUCUGAAUCAAAUGGUUCAGGAGGCAUCGCGGCCACAACCAGUCACAGAGAAGCAGCUUUGUAAGUGAAUCCUGCUGGGCGCGGUGACUCACACCUGUAAUCCCAGCACUUUGGGAGGCCAAGGCAGGUGGAUCACCUGAGGUCAGGAGUUUGAGACCAGCCUGGCCAACAUGGUGAAACCCUGUCUCUACUAAAAAUACAAAAAUUCAGCCCGACACAGUGGUUGGAAAAUGCAGCCUUGACUCCAUGUGACUGUGCGGCAGGCUAAAUAUUGGUACUCGUGAACUAGACAGUGAAGGGUUUUGUAACAAGUACCUCCCGUGUCUGUUACAAGUGCCUCCUAUGUGCCAGGCUCUGGUGAAUGCAUUGCCCACAGAGCAAACAUGGCCCCUGCCGUGAUAGGAUCGGUUAUCCAGGGGUGCAGACCUCAAAUAAAUGAAUCAGUAAAUGGGGAGUCAGUCUUCCGUUGCUGCUGUUGUUCCUUCUUUUUCUUUUUUAGGCUGAGGUGCAGUGGUGGGAUCACAGUUCACUGUGGCCUCGACCUCCUGGGCUCAAGUGAUCCUCCCACCUUGGGCUGAGUAGCUGGGACUACAGCACAUGCCACCACACCUAGCUAUUUUUUAAAUUAUUGUUUGUAGAAAUAAGGUCUCCCUAUGUUGCCCAGGGUAGACUCAAACUCCUGGGCUCAAGCAAUUCUCCUGCCUUGGGCCCCCAAAGUGCUGGGAUUAUAGGUACGAGCCAGCAUGCCAGGGGAUAUUUUUAGGUUUUGUUUUGUUUUGCUUUGCUUUGUUUUGUAUUUUGUUUUGUUUCUGAGAUUCUCUUUUGAGUUUUGCUGUGUCGCCCAGGCUGGAGUGCAGUGGCACAAUCUCUGCUCACUGCAACCUCCGCCUCCCAGGUUCAAAUGAUCCUCCUGUCUCAACCUCCCAAGUAGCUGGGAUUACAGGCAUGAGCCACCACACCUGGCUAAUUUUGUAUUUUUAGUACAGAUGGGGUUUCUCCACGUUGGUCAGGCUGGUCUUGAACUCCUGACCUCAGGUGAUCUGCUCACCUUGGCCUCCCAAAGUGCUGGGAUUACAGUCACCGUGCCCAGCCUUUUUCAGUUUUUGUGGGUACACAGUAAGUGUAUAUAUCUAUGAGGUACAUGGGAUACUUUGAGGCAUGCAAUGCCUAAUAGUCACGUCAGGUACACGGGGUAUCCAUCACCUCAAGUAUGUACCCUUUGUGUUACAAAUAAUGCGAUUAUAAUCUUAGUUUUUCUAAAAUGUUCAGUUAGGUUAUUUUUUACUGUAAUCACUCAGUCGUGCUAGCAAAUACUAGGUCUUAUUCAUUCUAUUUCUUGUGCCCAUUAAUCAUCCCCUCUUCCCCACCACCCUUCCCAGCCUCCAAUAACCAUCAUUCUACUUUCUGUCUCCCUGAGUUCAGUUGUGUUCCUUUUUAGCUCCCACAAAUAAGUGAGAACAAAUGAAGUUUGUCUUUUUCUUUUUUUGAGACGUAUGCUCUCACUCUGUUGCCCAGAAGCUGGAGCGCAAUGGCACAAUCUCAACUCAUCACAACCUCCACCUCCCGAGCUCAAGUGAUUCUCCUGCCUCAGCCUCCCCAGUAGUGGAGAUUAUAGGCAUGUGCCAGCACACCCGGCUAAUUUGUGUAUUUUUAGUAGAGACAGGGUUUCACUAUGUCAACCAGGCUGGUCUCGAACUCCUGACCUCAGGUGAUGCACCCAUCUCAGCCUCCCACAGUGCUGGAGUUCUGAGAUUACAGGCAUGAGGCAGCGCCCCUGGCCUGAAGCGUGUCUUUCUGUGCCUGGCUUAUUUCACUUAACAUAAUGAGCUCCAUUUCCAUCCAUGUUGUUCAGAUGACAGGCUUGUGACAGAGGAAAUACUAGAACCUCUUCCCGUGCAAGAUGCCAUCUGAUAGGGACCUUGAGGAAGGUGUGGAUGUAGGGAAGGGGAGGGUGCUGGUAGAGACUGAGACACAAGACAGGAGUGAAACGCGCUCGGUGUAACCAGAGCUUUGAAUGGGAGGGAGAGGUGGCUCUGCGUCACGCUGUUGCCAUCUCACCCGUGCUCCACAAUGUAGCAGUCACUCUUGGGAGGUAUCACCUGCAGUUCUUUGUAUCACAUCUAAAAUGGUUAAGGAGUGGGACACAAGGGCGACGUGGGAGUGAAAGUUUAAUAAGCAAAGUAGGCCGGGUGCGGUGGCUCACACCUACAAUCCCAGCACUUUGGGAGGCCGAGGCGGGUGGAUCACGAGGUCCAGAGAUCGAGACCAUCCUGGUCAACAUGGUGAAACCCCGUCUCUACUAAAAAUACAAAAAUUAGGCAGGCGUGGUGGCGGGCACCUGUAGUCCUAGCUAUUUGAAAGGCUGAGGCAGAAGAAUCGCUUGA